UCUUCCGGGUGUGCAUUCAAACUCUAUUACAGCCAAAAUGUCCAAGUUACCGUGCAGCUACGAUGCGGAGAACAAGAUCUGGAAGGGUAUUCCGCAAAACAAUCCCUUCAAGCCGGAUGUUUCUCUGGGUCGGAUCAUCUUUAAGAACAUGAGGAACUGGCCCAAGAACGUGUGCCAGAUUUCCGACACCGAGGGUGUGGAGGUUACCUUCGGACAGGCUCUCACCUGGGCAAUUCGCAUUGCCCAGCACCUGAAGAGCCGCGGUCUAGACCACAAGGAUAUCAUCGGUAUCUCCGCCAGGAACACCACUUAUAUAAUGCCAACGGCCGUGGCCUGUUUCUUCCACGGCACUCCUUUCCAGUCGGCAAACCCGAUCCUAGAGGAAUCCACACUUAAGCACUUAUACACCAUCUCCAAGCCAAAGAUCAUCUUCACCGAUGCUGAUCAUUACGAGAAAUUAUUCUCCGCUACUAAGGAUUUCAAGCCUGAGAUUAUUCUAACCACCGGAUCUAAGGAUGGUGUCCUCAGCAUUCAGGAUCUGCUGCAUCCUACCAAGACAGAGUUCUUCUACCAGCCAACUCCGCUGAAGGAAGGACCCAAGCAAACCGUCGCGAUCCUCACCUCAUCGGGAACUACUGGAAUGCCCAAGGCUGUGUGCAUCUCCAACGAUAUCCUGACCCAAGAGACAGUCUUUGUCAAUGGCUACGAUACGAUCUACAUUUCGGCUAGUCUGGACUGGAUCACUGGUCUGUGGGCCACCAUCUUCAGCACGGUGAAUGGAUGCACUAGGAUCAUCAGCAGCAAGCCUUUCACGGCCGACUACUUUGUUCAUUUGGUCAGCAAGUACGGCAUUACAUAUGCCCUGAUUCCACCAGAGCACUGCUGUUCCUUGUUGGACUGCCCCACCGCCACGCCGGAGAAGUUGGGCAGCCUGACGAAGCUGAACUUCGGAGGUGGACGUAUGACUCAGGCCACAGUAGAAAAAAUCAAGAAGCUUGCUCCCAACGGAGUGCUCAACUCCUCCUACGGUAUGACCGAGGUUGGCUUCAUUGUGUUCAACCAUGGACAUCUGAAGCUGACGGCUGCUGGCAACCCACUGCCCGGUAUUCAGGUUAAGAUCGUGGACGACGAUGGCAACAAAUUGGGAGUUAACCAGACCGGUGAGAUCAUCGUCCACAACGGUUUUAACUGGAAUGGAUACUUUGCCGAUCCGGUGGCCACCAAGGAGAUGCAGGACGAGGAGGGCUGGUUCCACACUGGCGACAUGGGUUACUUCGAUGAGGAUGACUACCUGUACAUGACGGACCGCAAGAAGGAGGUGCUCAAGUGGAAGGGUCUGCAGAUGUGGCCCGCCGAAGUGGAAGCAGUCAUCGAUGAGAUGCCGGAGGUUAAGCGUGUUUGCGUGAUCGGAGUGUACGAUGAGACCCAAGGAGAUGUUCCCGGAGCUCUGGUUGUUCGGGAAGAUAAUGCCAACCUGACCGCCCAGCAGGUGAUUGACUACGUGGCCAAGCGUCUGCCCGACAUCCAGAAGCAGCUGCGAGCCGGUGUCCAGUUCGCGGAUGAGAUUCCCCAGAACCACAAUGGAAAGGCCGUCCGCCGAUAUGCCCGUGAUCUCUUCGUUGCCCUAUCCAAGAAGAACUGAUAACCGAGAACUGCCCAUGCGUUAAUUUGGAGUAAUUUAGCCUUGAUUAAGUUUAUUAAGUUAGGGAAACUUUUUGAUUUCUGUUUUUUCGUUUUAAUUUGCAAAAUGCUUCUUGAAAGUGGCCCAUAACCUUCGCUACUCAAACCAAUGUCGAUGUGCACUUAUCAAAUAAACAAAAUGAUGAAGUA